AUGAUUACAUACAACCAUACACAUCUCUAUCCUCACCCCUACCUCUGCCCUUGCCCUUACCCCAACCCCACCCCACUCCACCCAACCUCCAUUUUCAUCUUCAUCUCCCUUUCAUUAGCAUACAUCAACCCCUUACACAUCAUGUCUCCUUCAAUUCCCACCAUCAACAUGUCCGACAUCCAGUCUCCAACAUCUUCUUUCAAAGUUCAGUUGGUCUCAAGAUCUGUAUCCGAGAGGCUUCUUGUGAAAUUUGCAGAUGUAUCGGAAUUCGGAUUUGAUUACUCCCAAAGCAGCCUCUGGUCUCCUCCACUUCACCGGACUGUGUUCCUUAGUUCACCUGGGGAAAUUUUGACACCAGAUGAAAUGCUGCAGAAGUUAGAAUCUAUGGGAAGACACCGGAGAAGAUACACAUAUUGUCUCAACGCACUUUUGUGCUCUCCUAAAAGAUGAACUGCGUUGCACUUGCAUUAUUAUAACCAAAUAGUUCUUAUGUGGAUUAUUAUUUUAUGUUUUAAUUUUAUAUUUCUGGGCAAAAAAAGAAGGUUUUGCUACG